CCCUUAGCGGCUGCGCGGUGGCCGCCCAGUCCUUUCGGUCCCGGCGGCGGCAGCGCUGAACUAGCGGCGCCCAACCUCCCGCUGUCUCUCUCUGCCCCUCUGCGCCUCCGCUCCGCUCUCCGCCCGCCGCCAUGACGGAACAGGCCAUCUCCUUCGCCAAGGACUUCCUGGCCGGGGGCAUCGCCGCCGCCAUCUCCAAGACGGCCGUGGCCCCCAUCGAGCGCNGCGGCUCUAGGGCGCGCAGGCGCGGUGGAAGAGCCCCGUGGACUGACCCUGCGAGGCUGGAAACGCUCUGCGAAAAUAUGAACUUGUUGACCAGCAUAUUGACCUUUCCCUCACCUCCCUGGAGCAGUCGCUCAGAGCUGUCUGAGCUUUACCAGAAUCUUCUCAUAAGUCGACAUGGCGGUGAGCCCAGGCCCCCGGUAGAGUCCUGUGUCUCCCCCGCCGCCCCCCAGGUGCAGCACGCCAGCAAGCAGAUCGCGGCCGACAAGCAGUACAAGGGCAUCGUGGACUGCAUCGUGCGUAUCCCCAAGGAGCAGGGCGUGUUAUCCUUCUGGCGGGGCAACCUGGCCAACGUCAUCCGCUACUUCCCCACGCAAGCCCUCAACUUCGCCUUCAAGGACAAGUACAAGCAGAUCUUCCUGGGGGGCGUGGACAAGCACACCCAGUUCUGGAGGUACUUCGCCGGCAACCUGGCCUCGGGCGGGGCGGCCGGUGCCACCUCCCUGUGCUUCGUCUACCCGCUGGAUUUCGCCCGGACCCGCCUGGCGGCCGACGUGGGCAAGUCAGGCAGUGAGCGCGAGUUCAAGGGCCUGGGAGACUGUCUGGUGAAGAUCACCAAGUCCGACGGCAUCCGCGGGCUGUACCAGGGCUUCAACGUGUCCGUGCAGGGCAUCAUCAUCUACCGCGCAGCCUACUUCGGCAUCUAUGACACCGCCAAGGGCAUGCUCCCCGACCCCAAGAACACGCACAUCGUGGUGAGCUGGAUGAUCGCGCAGACGGUGACGGCCGUGGCGGGUGUGGUCUCCUACCCCUUCGACACGGUGCGGCGGCGCAUGAUGAUGCAGUCGGGGCGCAAAGGAGCCGACAUCAUGUACAAGGGCACGGUUGAUUGCUGGCGGAAGAUCCUCAAGGACGAGGGCGGCAAGGCCUUCUUCAAGGGCGCCUGGUCCAACGUGCUGCGCGGCAUGGGCGGCGCCUUCGUUCUGGUCCUCUACGACGAGCUCAAGAAGGUCAUCUAGGCGCCCGGCCGCCCGCCGCAACCGCCUCGCGCCAUCCCUCACUGUGACGGACCACCGACUUCGAGAAAUUCCAGCGUCCCCGCCGGGGCCGGGCCGCCCCGCGCCGGGGGCUCCUCGCCGGCGGACCAUCGGCCCUGGGUCCACGCGUUGAUUGGGGUGGGGGGAGAGGGCAAUCGGGGGGGUCUCCGUGGGUCCACAGUCGAGGCAGCUCCGCACACCAGACCUAGACUCCAGGUGCUUGUAGGACCGACCCGUGUUUAAGUAUUUAUUUAAGAAAAUCAUGUCUCCAUUUGUACUUAAGCACUAUCCUCUCUUUGCACAGCCGGGUACUCGCGACUAUGUUUCUCCGUCGGGCAUUUCCGCUGCGGAACAAUAAAAUCAGGACACAGAG